AACAUGAUCAUUUUAUUCCUGUCAUACACUCAUAGUAAUGCCUAAUGAUGAAAUAGUAUUCAUCAUAGAACUGGCGUCUGUGCAAUUUUCUACUGAAGCAGAUAUGGAAUCAAAAAGGAGGAAAAAAACAGUGAACGCAUGUUUUCAUGCACACUGAUUGAGAAGACGACGACGUCUGUUGGAGUAAAAAAUCGGUGAAAACUUGUUUUCUCCAUGCUCAGACGAUUGACAUGAUGGCUAUGAAUGUUAUUCAUCCAGUUGUUCUUAUCUAACAAGACGAUAGCCGAAGCGGCGUGCAAAUGAGACCUAAUUGGAAGAAGCCAAAAACUUGGGGAAAAUUCUGACAUGUCUGAUAGGGGAAGAAUGAUGCUGUCAUCGAUUCGUCAUUUUCCUUUUGGAAUUUAUCUGCCGAACUUGCUAAAUCAAUUCACCACAUGAGUACCUGAUCAUGUGCUACUUCUACUAAUCGAACGUGAGGUUCAUAUAUUUGUGCUACUAGUGGUGGUGGUGGUUGUCAAUGGCGGAUUGAAAUUUGAAGAAAUUUUUGGAUCGGAGAUAUUCAAUGGCUCCUAUGAGAAUUUUACUUGGGGGUGAUUUUGAUUUGCUUUCACUAGCCACACAAAUAAGUAUUUCAGACAUCUUCAACUUGGCGUUUGUCUUUAUCUUCUACCUUUUGCUACUCGUAAGUUAUCUUAGGAAAAGUAACACCAACAGAUCCAGGGGAAGAAGUGAUUGGAUAUCACUCUCAGUUGCAUUUUGUUGUUUUCUUACUUGUAUUGCAUAUGCUAUUGCUGGUUUAUGGGAGGCAACUGCUAAAACCCCUCAAUGGAGUUGGUGGGUUUUGAUUGCUAGAGCUUUUGUUUGGGUAUCUUUGAUGGUUUCAUUGCUUGUAGAAAGAUUCACACCAGUGAAGAUUCUGGCUUCUGUUUGGUGGGUUAUCUUUUUCAUGUCAAUUUCUGUUGUGAACAUCAUGUGUUUGGCAGAUAAACAGAGCAUAAGCAUCUUGGUUUUGAUGGAAUGGGUUGCUAGCUUCUUGCUUUUUUUAUGUACUUUAAGAAACAUAAAACACUUUGUCAACCAACAAACCUCAAACCAGACGUUAUCAGAGCCCUUAUUGGUUAAUGCAACACAGGAAGAAGGGCAUACAAGCCAACUGGAAGAGCCAAGUUUUCUUAGUAAAUUGGUAUUUUCUUGGGUGAACCCAUUGCUUGCAUUAGGUUAUAGAAAACCAUUAGUUCUUGAAGAUAUUCCAUCUCUAGCAUCCGUAGACCAAUCAUCCACAGCCCAUGAGAAAUUCACCAAGGCAUGGGAUUCACUUCAGAGGGAAAAGACCACAAACAAUGGUAACUUGGUUCCUAAAUCAUUAGCCAAAGUUUAUUUCCUAGAGAUGGUUUUAUCAGGACUUUGUAUCUUUCUUAGGACUCUAUCUGUUGUCAUUAGCCCAUUGUUACUCUACGCCUUUGUUGACUACUCCAAAAGUGACACACAAGAUCUACAUCAUGGACUCUUGUUAGUAGGGUGUUUGAUUGUAGUAAAGGUAGUAGAGUCAUUAACUCACCGACAGUUUUUCUUUAAUGCAAGAAGAACUGGCAUGAGGAUGAGAUCUGCUUUAAUGGUGGCAGUCUAUGAGAAGCAACUCAAGCUUUCUGUUCUAGGAAGGAGAAGGCAUUCAACUGGUGAAGUUGUAAAUUACAUAGCAGUUGAUGCAUACAGAAUGGGUGAAUUUCCUAUGUGGUUUCAUAUAGGGUGGUCAUGUUUCCUCCAACUGUUUCUUGCUAUUGGUGUCUUGUUCUCUGUAGUAGGGGUAGGUGUUCUUCCUGGUUUAGUACCCCUUUUAAUAUGCGGGCUUCUUAAUAUUCCAUUUGCAAAAGCUAUUCAAAACAGUCAGUUGGAGCUUAUGGUAGCUCAGGAUAAAAGAUUGAGAUCCACUUCUGAGAUCUUAAACAACAUGAAGGUCAUAAAGUUACAAUCUUGGGAAGAAAAAUUCAAGAAAUUAAUCGAAUCUUGUAGAGAAACUGAAUUCCAUUGGCUUAGAGAUAUUCAAUUCAAGAAAGCAUAUGGCACGGUUUUGUAUUGGAUGUCACCAACACUCGUUUCUUCAUUUGUGUUUUUUGGAUGCGUGCUUUUGAAGAGUGCUCCUUUAGAUGCUGCCACUAUUUUUACAAUUUUGGCAGCAUUAAGGAGUAUGGCGGAGCCCGCAAGGGUUUUCCCUGAUGCACUUUCUGCAUUAAUCCAGGUCAAAGUAUCCCUUGACCGGAUCAAUUCUUUCUUAGUUGAUGAUGAACUAAAAGAUAACAGAAUGGAAAGAGACCAAGAACUUGAAAGUUCCCAUGAUGAUGCUAUCAGAAUCCAGAAUGGGAAUUUCACUUGGGACCCGGAAUCACCCAUUCCAACUCUUCAAAAUGUAAAUCUUGAAGUGAAGCAUGGGCAAAAAGUUGCAGUUUGUGGGUCAGUUGGUGCUGGAAAGUCAUCUUUGCUAUAUGCUAUACUUGGAGAAAUAUCUAAAACUUCAGGAACAGUGGGUGUAUCUGGUUCAAUUGCGUAUGUUAGUCAAACAUCUUGGAUUCAAAGUGGGACAAUUCAAGAUAACAUAUUGUAUGGGAAGCCGAUGGAGAGAAGUAAAUAUGAAAAGUCCAUAAAGGCGUGUGCUUUGGAUAAGGAUAUUGAAGCUUUUGACCAUGGAGAUUUAACAGAAAUAGGACAAAGAGGGCUUAACAUGAGUGGUGGACAGAAACAGAGGAUUCAACUUGCUCGAGCAGUUUACAAUGAUGCUGACAUCUAUCUUCUUGAUGACCCUUUCAGUGCUGUAGAUGCACAUACAUCAGCAACUCUCUUUAAUGAUUGUGUUAUGACCUGUUUAAAGAAGAAAACCGUCAUUCUUGUCACUCAUCAAGUGGAGUUUCUCUCAUCUGUUGACAAUAUUCUGGUUAUGAAAGAUGGUCAAGUUACACAAUCAGGAAACUAUGAGGAGCUGUUGAUGGCAGGAACAGCAUUUGAACAGCUUGUGAAUGCUCAUAAAGAUGCCAUUACAGGUUUAGAGCCUUCGCCUUCUGAAAACAAAAAUGAAGUACUAAAACCAGGCAUGGAGAAUAGUGAUAAUAAAAGUUAUCUCAGUAAAGGAAACAGUGAAGGGCAAUUGGUAACAGGAGUGCAGUUGACUGAAGAGGAAGAGAAGGAGAUUGGAAAUGUUGGAUGGAAGCCUUUCUUAGAUUACAUUGUCAUCUCAAAAGGAUUAUGGCUUUUGUCUUUGUGUGUAUUAAGUCAGUCCAGUUUUGUUGUUCUUCAAGCAGCAGCAAGUUAUUGGCUAGCAUUUGGUAUUCAAAUCCCUAAAAUCAGUAACAUCAUGUUGAUUGUUGUUUACACUUUGCUCUCAACCACUAGCACCUUUUUUGUGUAUUUGAGAUCACUGCUUGCUGCCCUUUUGGGAUUAAAAGCCUCCAAAUCAUUCUUUACUAAAUUUACCAAUUCGAUUACACGUGCUCCCAUGGUCUUCUUUGAUUCUACUCCAGUUGGACGAAUUCUUACAAGGGCCUCAUCUGAUCAAAGUGUGAUUGAUUUUGACAUACCCUUUGCGUUUGUGUAUUCGCUUGCUGCUGCCAUCUUCGGUAUCGUGGCUUCAAAAUACGUUCAGGGAUAUUAUCAGCCAGCUGCAAGGGAACUAAUGAGAAUCAAUGGAACCACAAAAGCACCUGUGAUGAACUACGCAUCUGAAACGUCACUUGGAGUGGCAACAAUACGAGCAUUCAAGAUGCAAGACAGGUUCUUUAAGGAUUACAUGAGGCUAGUGGAUACAGAUGCAAAUAGUUUCAUUUUCUCAAAUGCAACAUUGGAAUGGUUGGUUUUGAGAAUAGAAGCUCUUUCGAACCUCACCUUGUUCACUGCUAGUUUUCUCCUGGUUUUCAUACCAAAGGGUUUUGUGCCUCCAGGUUUGGUUGGGCUAUCUCUUUCUUAUGCAAUGACAUUGACGGGUACCCAAGUGUUCUUGACUAGAUGGUAUUGUAGCUUGGCCAAUUAUGUGAUUUCAGUAGAACGGAUCAAACAGUUUAUGAACAUUCCAUCAGAGCCACCAGCAGUUGUGGAGAACAAUAGACCACCCUCAUCUUGGCCUUCCAAGGGAAGGAUACAAUUCCAGGAUCUAAAGUUGAGGUAUCGUCCAAACGCACCACUAGUACUGAAAGGUAUCAGCUGCACAUUUGAAGAAGGGAAAAGAGUAGGCAUUGUUGGAAGGACAGGAAGCGGGAAGACAACACUGAUAACAGCCUUAUUCCGUUUGGUUGAAGCUGAUAGUGGUCGCAUCCUUAUUGAUGGAUUUGACAUUUCCGCAAUUGGCCUUAAAGAUCUCAGGAUGAAACUCAGUGUCAUCCCCCAAGAACCAACCCUUUUUAAGGGCAGCAUCCGAACAAACCUUGACCCUCUAGGACUUCAUUCUGAUCAUGACAUAUGGAAGGCAUUAGACAAGUGUCAGCUUAAAACUACCAUCAUGAAUCUUCCACAUUUGCUGGAUUCCUCAGUGAGUGAUGAAGGAGAGAACUGGAGUGCUGGGCAAAGACAACUGUUUUGUCUUGGAAGAGUUUUACUCAGAAGAAACAAAAUCCUGGUGCUGGAUGAAGCCACUGCAUCCAUUGAUUCAGCCACAGACGCGAUUUUACAGAAAAUUAUUAGGGAAGAAUUCUCCACUUGCACUGUUAUAACUGUCGCUCACAGGGUUCCAACAGUCAUAGACAGUGACAAGGUCAUGGUCCUCUCAUUCGGGAAAUUGGUGGAGUAUGAUGAGCCUUGGAAGCUACUGGAGACUACUGAAUCUUUCUUCUCCAAGCUUGUAGCUGAAUACUGGUCCAGUUGCACAGCAAGGAACUCUGCGUAAAUAAUUAAUCAGAUGGUUGGUGUGGGUGUUACAAGUGUAGCCUAGUCUAUUAGUAGGAAAUUUGUGCUCAGUUUUAUAUAUAUUAAUAUUAAUUUGUGGCUCAAACUCAAAUAAUUAUAUCAUCAUAAUAAUAGUGUUUUAGCUCGAACCUGAUAUUGUUUUAAUAGAUUACAUUUGUAAUAGUAAAUUACAGAAAUGGUUCCUCACCCCCUUCCCCCCGCCUACCUACU